AUGUCGGCAAACGAUCUACUAGUAAAUACACUGAAUCUUGUAUAUGAAGUUUUUGCCCGUUAUAUUUCAAUUAUUUUAUUUGGGUUUGGAUUUAUUGGUCUCACUCUUAAUACUCUUGUAUUUACACGCAAAGCAUUACGUCAAAAUUCUUGCACACGCUAUUUUUUGGCAUCCACGAUAGCCAAUUAUCUUGUUGUCUAUUUUAUCCUACCAAGUCGUAUUUUAUCUGAUGGUUUUAAUGUUGAUCCAGGAACAUACUCUCUAGGCUACUGUAAAUUUCGAUUUUAUAUCUAUUUUACAUUUAAAUCUCUUUCAUCAUGGUUCAUUGUUCUCGCAUCUAUCGAUCGUUUUAUGUGCAGUUCUCGUAGUUUCAAAUGUCGGCAAUUUAGUCGUUUAUCCGUGGCCCGAAAUACUAUUGUAAUUACAACAAUUAUUUGCUUAUUGUUCUAUUCUCACAUACUCAUCUUUUACGAUAAUCGAAAUGGUAUUUGUGAUUCAUUAAAAGGUAUCUAUCAAAUAUUCAAUGAUGUGUGUUAUCUCGUCGGUUACAGUGUCAUACCACCAAUAUUAAUGAGUCUAUUCGGUGUUUUGACAAUCUAUAAUGUACGUCGUCUAAGACUAGUUGCACCUAAAACCAAAGGAUCUAGAGUGGUUGUGAUUACGAACAAAAAUCAGCAAUUAGCACUUAUGUUAUUGUUUCAAGUUAUAUUUAUAUCACUGACCAGUGUGCCACAUGCAACUCAAAAAUUAUAUAAGACAUUAACAUCCAGUUUUGUCAAAAGUGAUCUUCUCCGUGCCCAAGAGAAUCUCUAUGCAGAAAUAGCUCGUGUAAUAUCAUUCGUUAAUCAUACAUGUUCAUUUUAUAUUUUAACACUAUCAAGCAAAACAUUUCGUACAGAAUUAGUAAAAUUAUUUGAAGAAACUAAACGUUAUUUUACGAUGCCUCGAAAUACAACAGUUAUAUGUAUUCCACUAAAAAGUAUUCAACGAAAGAGAACAACUACUCAUCAUCAAGUAGUAUACUCAGCAGAGAUCGUCUCUGACUACUAUUUUCGACCCAGUCCGUGUCUGGGCUCAAGAAUUUUGACCCGGUCCGAAGAGAAUGUAUAA